AAUUUCAAAGAAAAUCAUAAUUCUCAAGCUAUAGCGUAGCACCCUUUAUGAUUUCUCCCAACUAACGGUUUAAUUUUUUACACGAAAGUUCUGAAACCCAACAAACUCGAACAACUUCUCCCUGCUGUUCACCAUACCUUUCACCUUCUACUGCUGUACGAGUUCUUCAAUUUCUCUCUCUAUACUGGUUUCUGGUGUCAAAUAGGAGAUGCCAGAUUCAGCUGAGGAUUUAGAAAGAAAGCACUCAAAUAGUGGGAGCCAAGUAAAAGAUGACAGUGAAUAUGUCAGGCUAGUUGUAAAUGAUGAACCAAGAAUUACGGAACCAUAUAUAUUGCAAUCACCCGUGGAAACCAGAAAAAGAGCCAUAAAAUGGUGGUCCAAGGCACUAAUGUGGUGCUUUAUAUGUAUAGUAGCUCUCUUAAUCUUCAUAAAGUGGGGAGUUCCUUUUCUAUUCGAGAAGGUACUGAUUCCAAUCUUACGAUGGGAAUCCACAGCAUUUGGCCGUCCAGUGCUGGCACUUAUCCUCGUAGCUUCUCUGGCGUUAUUCCCAGUCUUCCUGAUUCCUUCUGGCCCUUCUAUGUGGUUAGCUGGAAUGAUCUUUGGAUAUGGUCUUGGCUUUGUCAUAAUCAUGGUUGGAACAACCAUUGGCAUGCUCCUUCCUUACUUGAUUGGCUUGCUCUUCCGAGACAGGAUCCAUCAAUGGCUAAAAAAAUGGCCUCAGCAAGCCGCUGUUAUUAGAUUGGCUGGAGAGGGGAGUUCGUGGCACCAAUUUCAAGUCGUUGCAUUGUUUCGAAUUUCGCCUUUUCCGUAUACCAUCUUUAAUUAUGCUGUAGUUGUAACCAGCAUGAGAUUCUGGCCGUAUUUGUGGGGGUCAAUUGCAGGAAUGAUUCCCGAAGCCUUCCUCUACAUCUACAGUGGCCGUCUUAUAAGGACAUUUGCUGACGUCAAAUAUGGAAACCAUCAUCUAACUCCCGUGGAGAUCAUCGCGAAUGUUAUCUCCUUCAUUGUCGCAAUCAUCACCACAGUCGUUUUUACAGUAUACGCUAAGAGAAAGCUGAAUGAGCAGGCGACAUUGGGUGCCCAAGGCUCGACCUCCAGCCACGACAAAUUCGAGAUGCAAAAACUUCCCCCAGAAAAGCCUAAGCAUGGUUAUAUCUCAUCCUUGUAGUAUAAGGGGCUAAAGGGUCUCUUAGACCCUUGAUUUUGGUUAGAAUAACACUGCUGUAUAUAAUUCUGAGGCUGUUGUAAGAGUAUUGAAGCCCUUUGUGUGUAACUUGAACAAUGAUAAAGAACAAAUGGAAAAGUGAUUGUGUUUCAUAAGAUGGGAUAUCUGUAACGAACAGGUAUUCUUUUGUAUUGUUUGGUCAUGAAAUUUAAUUGCUAAAUUUGUGUA